GCUAGGGACUGGAGCUAGAGCCUCCAUCCCCUCUCCACCCAGCUAGAGGUGAUGUCUCACCGAGUCCCUAGACUGACCACAGAUUUUCUCCUUUGCGCUCCUGGUCACCUAUUUCUUUUUCAGAACCUCUGGGAUGAAGAUUUGCCACCAUGCUGCUCAAUCUCCUGGCAGCUAUGGACAUUAUUUACAACUACGUGUGCACCAUUGCUAUUCGAGUUUCCAACUUCUUCCAAACGAACCUUGAACUGAUCCCCGUUCUGGCCCAGGACAUCUAUUCUAAGGACAAUGGUUAUGAAGCAGUCCUGAAGGCCACGCUAUACCUCGUGCUCUUCAUCUUGUUCAUGAUACGUCUGCGCAAGCUCUGGGCUAGGAUUCAGCACAUGGCCAGGAUACUGAGACAAUUAUGGCAGAUGUGGUUCUGGGGAAGAAAUAUUCAUCGUUGGGCCAGAAACCCCAGGCAUCGGCAUCGCCAUAUUGAGGCUUUCAGAUUACGAUGGCGGAGGGCUUCUCCAGUCCGGGCACUCCAGCUUUUACAAGUCAACCGAGCUGAACAAAAUUUGCAGCAGUUUCAAGUCAACCCCGCUGAACCUCACUUCCCGAGCCUCCCUAAUUAUAACAUCCAGCAGAGGCCACAGCGGGAAUGGGAGCGAGAGCAGCAGGGGGAACAGCAGCGAGAACAUCACCGCCAUCAUCACCACCAUCACCGACACCACCACCAUCGUCGUCGUCAGAAUUGUGAGCACACUACCGAGCCGGUCACUUUCCAUCAGAGCCCUCCUCGCACCCGUGCCAUCACUAGCCACAUCAUCCAGGUUCCAAACACCAGAAUCAGGUUCCAUCGUAACAUUCAUAACGCACGGAUUUCAACCACAAACAGCAGGAAGCUAGUGAGAGUGAAGAGGAGACAGGCUAUUCAGUCACCAAGACAGGCUAAGCAAGCACCAAGGCAGGAUGUGGAUCUCCAACAGCAAAUCAGGAACAUCUGUGUGCUCACAAUAAUGAUGUUCUCUGUCUACUGCAUAUACCUGUACCUUCACGUCAUCAAAUAAAAUGAUCCUGGGUGAAACUACUCCAAAA